UGUAUGUGUAUAUCUGAUUAAACGUACAGUACGUAGAUUACAUCAUAUUUUUGCGCAAGAAGAUUUCCGAAAACAUGCUUAUAACUUUACACUCCAAUAAAGCAUGCGCAGAAGUUGUGUACACGUUUGACAGAUCACAUCAUAUUCAUAAUGGGUGGUAUUUGGAGUUACUUUUCUGGAUUGUUUGGAUCAAGAGAGAGACGAAUUUUGAUUUUGGGCUUGGAUGGUGCAGGAAAAACUACAAUUUUAUAUAAACUACAAGUUGGAGAAGUCGUUACAACAAUUCCAACCAUUGGCUUUAAUGUGGAGACAGUACAGUACAAGAACUUGAAAUUCCAAGUGUGGGACUUGGGAGGACAAACUAGUAUUAGACCAUACUGGAGAUGUUAUUACUCAAAUACAGAUGCAAUCAUAUAUGUAGUUGACAGCAUGGACAGGGAAAGAAUGGGAAUUUCCAAGCAAGAAUUGUUCUCAAUGUUAGAGGAAGAUGAGUUAAAGAAAGCUAUUUUAGUCAUAUUUGCCAACAAACAAGAUAUAGAGGGAGCUAUGACACCGAGUGAAGUUGCUAAUGCUCUUGGUCUGACAUCUAUUACCACACAUAAAUACCAGAUUUUUAAGACAUCGGCCAUUAAAGGCACAGGUCUAGAGGAGGCUAUGGAAUGGUAUGUUCAAAGUUCUACAUUAUUAGCAUAUUGAAAUGUGGAUUUGAAAAUCUGUGAUAAGGAUAAUAAUUAAUUUUAAGUCAAUUUUUUAGUAUUAUUUGCAGUACAACAUAAUUUCCUUAUGAAAAACUCUAAAGAAUGGAAAUAAGGUGUAAGACCAUAGCAGGAUUGUGGUUAAUUGUUGAAACUUUUGGUGCCAUGUGGGAUCCUGACUUCUGCAAGUUUAUGUGCCCACAUUAUACUACUUAAUUAAAAACUGAUAAAAUGUGAAAUUUGGAUUGGUUCUUUUUAUUCACAUGAUUUGUUUUCCCCAUAUUUAAGUUCUCUCUCUGGAGUCUUUCUGUGUCUCUCUCUUCCUGUGUCUCUCUCUUGAUCUUUCAAACACAUGCUCUCACCUUCAUUGUCAGUCUCGCUGUCGCUACUCCCUGAUUAUUUGUGUUCAUAAUUGGGAUAGUGUAUUUUUUAUGUUGGCAUUUCUAUUAUUUUUUUCUUUCUAUUUUUUGACUUUGAGGACAAACCCCAACCCCCCCCCCCCCCUUCAUUUUUUUCCCACUUGUAAUCUUUGUCAGCAAAGUGUUUUAUGAAAAGUGAAAGUAGAAUUAUAAAAUCUUAGAAUAUGGUAUUGUUUUGGGAAAAGCUUCAUUUGUCAAGUGGUAUUUGAUUGCCCACUUGAAAUUUUGCUGGGAGUGGCGAGUUGUCAAGUGGAUAACCUUAACCAUGCAACAAUGUCACUUUGACUGUAUCCCAUUGUUGAAAUAACAAUCACAUUGACAUUACAAUGAAUGCUAAACAACAUCACCAAAUUACCUUUAAGAACGCAGCCAUAGCUAUUCUAUGGUUGUUAAUUAUGUUGACUGACAAGCAUGGAAACUGAAAUUACAAGACUUUUAGGAUUCUUUUUGAAAUUUUAUAUGUAAUGUAAAUAUAACGCAAGCAUAUUUGUUUAUAGGUAUCUAUAAUGCAAGAGCACAGUAACUAGUGUAAACAUAUUGUCAUGACAUGCUAACUCAUGCUGUUCACUUUGUCUUCUGUAGUUAGCACAAUAGAUCGAAAAAAUUGAAAAGUAAAGCAUUUUUUGUAAUUUAGUAAACUUGCAUAAGACCAGGAUUAACAGGUUAAAUGAAAGGAAACAUUGGAGACUAGGUAACCAUUAAAGGAGCAUAAAUAUGACAUCACUAUCAGUCCUGCAGUCUUGAUGAUUUUGCUUUAAUGUAGACCAUUCUUGUUUGUAGAACAUAUGACAGAAUUCUCAGAUAAUGAACUACCAAAAUGACUGAUUUGUAUCUGUUUAUAACAUCCUAUCUGAAGAAACUCAACCACUCUGUAAAUUAGCCAUUGCAUCUUUGAUUAAGACUGGUUGAUUUCCAUAAAAAGAUUAAAUGUAAUUCUCCUGAAAGAAAGUCACUAGCCUCACUAGAUGCUGAUUUCAGUGACAGGCCAAGUGGCAAAUUGCUUAGGAUUUGUUCAUAGUUACUCAUUGAUUUUUGGCAAUAUAACUUCAAUUAGAGUCUCAUUAGUGCAUAUGAACAGUUUUAGUUGAGCCAAUUAAUUUACAGAUGUGCAUGCAAUUUUUGAAUGUCAUGAAUGACUGAUGAGCAGUAUUAGUCAAGUCAAUUUACAAAUGUGAAUAAGUUAUUUAAGUUUUAUGGGGACCCAGAAAGGCCAGUAUGGCACAUAAGUCCUUUGAAUUAGAAAAUACUAUAUGAAAUGAUUUAGUUAAAAAGGUUAUGAAAUAUAUGUAUGAGGAACACAAUUACAUGGGAACUUAUGUUUUUCACUCUACUGAGGAGAAACACAGACCUUUGUUUUCUUUGGAAAGGAAAAUAUGAUUUAAUUGCAGUGUUGUUAAUAUUUUGCAGGCUUGCAAAUACAUUAACUCAGCAGAAAUAAAGUGAGCUAGGAACAGAGAAA